AUGAGAAAAAAAUAUUUUAAUUUUUCAAGUAUAUUAAUAUUUUUAAUAUUUACCGUACAUGGUGAAUUUAAUGAUAUAUUUGAUGAUGACGAAAGAAUGUCAAGAAUAGUUAUGGUUAAUGGAAAUAUGGCAUUUCAUGCAGGAAUAUCAAAAAAUAUAUCAUUUCAUGUUUCUAAAGAUUCAGGAAUUUUUUUCCAGUCAAUGGAUAUAACAAGUUUACCAAACAAAAGUGAUAUAGAUAAUUUAACAGAAAAAUGGAGACAAACACUUGAUGCUGUAUACCUUAUUCGUCGCAAUGUUAUUGGAAAUCAAAUUUCAGGAACAAGUAUGAAAGCAAAAUUAUUACGUCUUGACUCUGCUAUCAAAAAUUUAACAAUAACUACAGGAAAUAUGACAAUAUUAAAUAAUAAUAAACAAAGACAAAUGAAAAGAAUAGCUAGAAUGUUAUCUAUAUUUCAGACAAAUUUACAUGAAUUAUUAAAAGUUUUAAAAACUGAUAGAUGUAUUGGUAAUCCUUGUUUAAAUGGUGGACAAUGUUUUAAUACAUAUAUUGGUUAUCAUUGUUUAUGUCCUGAUACAUGGACUGGAACAAAUUGUGAUAGAGAUGUUAAUGAAUGUCUUUUAUAUGAAGGAACAAGUAGAGGUUGCCAAAAUGAUGGUAAAUGUAUUAAUAAACUUAAUGGAUUUUAUUGUGAAUGUAAAGAAUCAUAUCAUGGUGAAUUAUGUCAAUCACAAAAAUCAUCAUGUAAUAAUGAUAUAGAAUUAUGUGGUGAACAUGGACAUUGUGUUGAUUUAGUACAACCAAAAAAUGGUAUUAAUUAUAUGUGUAUAUGUCCAUAUGGUUUUAAAAAUCAUAAUGAUAGUAAUAAUCCAUAUUGUGAAGAUAUUGAUGAAUGUCAAAAUAAUCCAUGUUAUCCUGGUGCUACAUGUAUUAAUUUACCUGGUUCAUUUAAAUGUACUGGAUGCCCAAAAGGUACUCAAGGAAAUGGUAUAAUAUGUCUUGAUAUUGAUGAAUGUUUAGAUGAAAGAUUAAAUGAUUGUUCAAAGAAUCCUUUAGUUAAAUGUAUUAAUACAUAUGGUAGUUAUAAAUGUGAUGAAUGUCCACCAUCAUAUGAAGGUGAUGGUUAUACAUGUAAAAAAAUAAGUAAAUGUAAAAAUAAUUUAUGUCCUAAUGAUAGUAUAUGUACAGAGGUACCUGAUGCAUUAGAUGGUUAUAUAUGUACAUGUCCUGAUGGUACAUCAUCUGAUAAAGGAUAUAAUGGUGAUUGUAAUUCAUCAAAUACUAAUAAUCCAUGUAAUUAUAAAGAAUGUAAAAAUGGUGGUACAUGUUAUGCUACAGGAUGGUUUUCAUUUUCAUGUAUAUGCCCAUUUGGAUAUAGUGGUAAUAUGUGCCAAUAUCCUACAGCAUGCCUAGAACAUAAUUGUAAUAAUAGAGGUAAUUGUAUAAUUAAUGAUAAAGAUGGUAUAUGUGAAUGUUAUCCUGGUUAUUAUGGUUCUGAAUGCCAAUUUGAAGAUACAUUUUUAGGUUGUAAUAUUGAUAUAUCAAAUCAAACAGGAAAAUUAAGUUUAGAAAGAUUAUUUUUUUGGGAUGAAAAAGUUGGUAUUGAUCAUUGUUCAUGGAAUAUUAAAAUACCAGGUUCAAAUAAUGUAACAGUAUUAGAUAUAAGAACAUUAUUAAAUAAUGAUACAGUAUCAAAUCAUGAAGAUGAAAGAUAUGAUUGUGAUAUUAAUGAAUCAGCUAUUAUAAUAAGAGAUGGUGAAACAAAAAAUGCUCCUAUUGUUGGUAAUUUUUGUAAAGGACCUAAAAAUUCUCUUGUUCCAGUUAUUAAUCGUAAAAUUAUACUUAGUGGUAGUCGUUUUAAAAUUGAAUUUACACCAUUAUUAAAUAAUGCUUCAUCAGAUUUUUUUAUUAAUUGGUUUACAAUACCAAAACGAUGUGGUGGUUUAUUAAAAAAUUCAUUUGGAGAGAUUGAUUUUAAACAGGGUAUCAAUAUGACACAUUGUGUUUGGUAUAUAGAAGUUAAUCUUGAUCAUCAUAUUCAAAUAGAAAUUGAUAGAGUAUCAAUGAUAACACAAAAAAGAGUAAAUUGUACAGUAAAUAGUUUACAAAUUUUUGAUGGUAAUCGUAUUACAAGUGAUCAAAAAGUUAAUGAAGUUUGUAGUAAUGAAAAUGAUAAAAUUUUAGUAUCAACAACAGGUCCAUAUGCAACAAUUUAUUGGUCUAAUGAUAAUCAAAAAGAUAUUUAUAAUAAAGAUGAUUGUAUAAGUGAAAAAGAAUGUAAUUUUGGUUUUAAAUUAUCUUAUAAAAUUACUGAAUUACCUUCUGGUUGUGGUGGUGAAAUUUUACCAAAUGAAAAUGGUGAAUUUGAGGGAUUUAUUCAAUCACCAAAUUAUCCAAAUAAUUAUUUUAGUAAUUUAGAUUGUUUAUGGAAAUUAAAUUCAACUGGUACACCAUUAUCAUAUUUAUUAGAUCAUGUUAUAAAACUUAAUAUAAUUGAUUUUGAUAUUCCAGUUAAAAAAGAAGAUUAUUUUUGUACAAAUAGUUAUCUUAAAGUAAUGGAAAAUUCACUAUCAUCAUCUGGUAUUCAAUAUUGUAAUAAUUUUAAACCAUCACAUACAUAUUCAUAUUCUGGUAAUACAUUAUUAAUUAAAUUUCAUUCUGAUUCUAUUAAUAAAGGAAAAGGAUUUUUAUUAUCAUAUAAAUCAUCCUGUGAAAAACAUUUUUAUUUACAAAAUGGUACUAUAAGAUCUGUUAAUUAUCCAAAUUCAUCACCAUAUCCAAUUAAUUGUAAAUAUAUUAUUUAUUCACCACCAACAAGAGGAAUAAAAAUUAAAAUUAUUGAUUUUGAUUUAAUACAACCAAUAAAUAUAUGUUAUGGUACACCAGAAAUAAUUGAUGGUAUUCAAGAUUAUAUUAAAUUUUCUGGACCACAUUCAUCAAAUAAAUUAUUUAAUAAAAAACAUAUAUGUAAAAGAUUUCCAUUAAUACCACCAAAUGGUGAAAUAAUAACUUCAGGUACUAGACCAUUAACAAUAAAUUAUGUCAAUUCUGGUUCACCAAAUAAUAAAGGUUUCCAUUUUGAAUAUGAAACAUUUGAAUUAGGUUGUGGUGGAAUUUUUGAAGAUAUUAAUGGUACAAUAACAAGUCCAAAUUAUCCUGAUGGUUAUUUAGAAAAUCUUUAUUGUGUUUAUCAUAUAUCAACAGAAAUUAAUAAACUUAUUAGACUUACAUUUCAAACUUUUGAUAUUGAAGCAUCAUCAAGUGAUAAAGAUCAUUGUGAUAGUGAUGUUGUUGGUAUAUAUGAAAAUUAUACAACUGAAACAGAACAUGGUACAUUAAUUGGUGAAUUUUGUGGUUCAAUAUUACCACCAUCAAUUGUAUCAAGUAGUAAUAAAUUAACAAUUGUUCUUAGAACUGAUAGAUCAGUAAAAGGUAUAGGUUUUAAAGCAAUAUAUGAAAGUAUACCAUCUGAUGAAAAUUGUAAUAAACUUUUUACCUCACCAUCAGGUGUUAUUGAAUAUGAUGGUAGUAUAAAUAAUAAUUGGCUUCAAUGUGACUAUUCAAUAAGAUUACCAAGAAAUAAAAGAAUUUUAAUAAAAUUUAAUAAUUUUACAAUUCCAUGUAUUGAUAGUAUAUUAUUUGUUAGAAAUGGUUUAGGUAUUGAUUCACCAGGAUUUAAAGGUUUACAUGGAAUGUCUGAAAUUUGUUCUGGUCAUUCAGUAUCAUCACUUAGAACACAUUCAAAUUUUUUUUUCAUGAGAUUAGUUACUAGUAAUCCAAAAAAAACAAAAUUUUCAAUAUCAUAUGAACAAUAUAAUGGUGGUUGUGGUGGUAAAUUAUCUGGUUUAUCUGGUAGUAUAUCAACACCACAUUUUCCUGAAAAAGAUAAACAUUCAUAUGAUUGUGAAUGGCAUAUUGUUGGUUCAUUAGGUAAUCAAAUAAAAUUUAAUAUUAUAAGUAUGGAUGAUUUAUCAAUACCAAUAUCUAAUGAUAAAAAUUAUUGUCAUGGAUAUAUGUCUAAUAGUAUUGAUAUUUAUGAAGGAUAUACAAAAGGAUAUGAAAAAUUAAUAUCAUAUUGUUAUAAAGAAGAUCAACUUUCUUCUAUAAUAAGUGAAGGUAAUGAUAUGAUAAUAAAAUAUAAACAAAAUCAACAUGGUACAAGAGAUAGUAUUUAUGGUUUUCUUGGUGAAUAUACAACACAUUGUAAAGGUGUAUUAUUAAAUGAUUUUACUGGACAUAUACAAAAUCCUGGAUAUGGUUAUAAUGUAAAUGAACAUAUAUCAUGUAAUUGGAGAAUAAAUGUUGGUAAAGGUAAUAGAAUACGUGUAAAAAUUAUUGAAUUUGAUAUUUAUGAAUCAUCUAAACAUAUAAAUAUUAAUAAAUGUAAUGAUAAUUGGCUUAAAAUUGGUGAUUAUCAAAUUAAAUAUAUGGAAAAUAGAAAUGAUAUUAAUUAUAAUUCAACAUUUAAUGAUUUUUGUUCAGAUACAAAUAUUAUACAUAAUUUUGAAUCAGUUAAUAAUAUUCUUGAUAUAUCAUAUAAUACAUAUAAUAUGCCAAAUAAUAAAUUUUGGAUAUAUUAUGAAACUAUUGGUUGUGGUGGAAUAAUAAAUGAAAAUAAUACUAUUAUAAUGAUAUCAAAUAUAACAACACCAGAAUUAUUUUCAAAUACCAAUAGAUUACCAUUUGAAUGUAGAUGGAAAAUUAUAGCACCAUUUGGAUAUAAUAUUAAAAUUAAUUUAGAAAAAAUAUUAAUUAAUAGAGCUGAAGAUGAAUUAGAUAGUGAAUGUCUUUAUGGAUUAUCAUAUUAUUCAGGACCAAAUAAUAAUACAGGAAUACCACAACGACAAUAUUGUAGUAAAAGUUAUGAUAAAUCUUAUAUAUCACAUUCAAAUGAAUUAUUUGUUUUAAUUAAUGCUCAAUUAGGAACAUAUUCAUUUGAUAAAAAAGAUAAUAUUAUGUUUAAAGCAUUAAUAGAAUUUACUCAAUCAAAUAUUGAUAGUGAUUGUGGUGGUGAUAUACAUCUUAAUACAAAUCAAAUUAUACCAUUUCAUACAAUAAAUUAUCCAAAACCAUAUAUUAAAGGUAUUAAUUGUAAAUGGAAAUUUACCUCACCAUCAGGAUAUUCUGUAGGAUAUCGUAUUAAAACAUUUAAUGGUGGUAAUAUGGGUACUGUAAAAUUACCAUUUAUAAAAAAAUUAAAUAAAUAUAAUUUAACAGAAUGUUCAAAUUCAAAUUUAAGAAUAUUUGGAUUUUUAUUUAUUAAAACAUAUAAUUAUUUAUUAAAAGAAUAUCAUCCAUUUUUAACAACAUGUGGAUAUUCAGAUAUUGAUAAACCAAUAUAUAUAAAUACAAUACAUAAUAAUAGUAUUGUUGAAUUUCGUGGUGCAAGUCUUGAUUUAGCAUUAAUAUCUAAUGAAAAAAAUAAUAAACCUAUCGGUUUAUUAAUGGAAGCAUUUACUGUAUGUGGUGGUGAACUUAUUGCAACAAAAGAAAGAAAAAUAUAUAAUUUUAAUAAUAUUUAUGAUGAUAAUUGUACUAUUAUUAUAAUACCACCAGAAAAAGAAGGUGAAAUUGAUAUUAUAAAAGUUAAAUUAACAUCAAUAUGGUUAGGUAAAACAAAUACAACAAUAAAUGAUAAACCAACAAUGUUUAAUUUUACCUGUUCAACUGAUACAAUAUCAGAACCAUGGAGUAUUAGUAGAAGUAAUUAUGAAAAUAGAUGGUAUAGUUUUUCAUGUCAAGGAUCAAUUAUUAUAAAUAUUUAUAAUAUAACAAAAGAAUCAAUGAAUAAUAUGAUUUUACAAUAUGGUAUUAAUAGUCAUUUUUGUGGUGGUGAAUUAAAAGGAAAUGGUUUAGAGGAAGCUGAUAGUAAAAGUAAAGAUUUUGAAUGUACUUAUACAUAUAGUAAUGCUCUUGGUAAUAAUGUUGAAAUACAAAUAGAAAAUAUUAAUAUACCAUGGAGUGAAAAUUGUAUUGAUGGUUAUUUUGAAAUAAGAAAAUAUAAUGAAUCUGGUGAUGUUUUAGGAAGAUUUUGUGGUAAUGAUGAUGAUAAUAUAAAUAGUAGAGGUAUAGGUAAAACAUUUGAAGGUAAUAUAUUAUGGAUGAGAUAUAAAGUUAAGAUGAAUAAUUUAUUACAAGAUGAUAAUGAAUUUUAUACAAGUAUUAAAUUUAAUAAAAAUGCUAAAAUUGGUGGAUAUGUUGAGGGAAAUGUUAUUGAAAGUUCAUCAUACAUGGAACCAAAUAAAAUUUAUACAUGGAAUAUUAUUGAACAAAAUAUAAAAGGUAUAUCAUUAAAAAUUGAAUCAUUAUAUAUACCAAAUAGUGAUAAUUCUGAUAUUAUUGAAUGUAAAUCAAGUAAAUUAUGUGAAGGAUUAACUAUAAUGUCAGGAAUUUGUGAUGAUGAUCAAGAUUGGGAAACAUGUGGUCAUGUUUUAUAUAAUUUAAAUGGUUAUAUUGGUGAUGAUAGAGAAUUAAUAUUAAAAGGUAAUGAAUUUACAAUUGGAUUAUAUGCUAAAACAAAAGUUUCAUUUCAUCUUUCAUGGACAUAUCUUUAUACAACACCUGAUUUAUUAAAUCAUACAAAAAAUGAAAUUGAUACAGAUUUUAAUUGUGGUGGUAUGUUAAAUCCAUCUUUUACUGUUCAAGUAUUAAAAAAUCCAUCAAUUACUGGUAGCAUAAAUUAUCCCCCUGAUACAAGAUGUAAAUGGACAAUUAAAAGACCACUAUUUAGAGGAAUUGAAUUAAAAUUAGUAUAUGUUGAUUUAGAAAGUACAUUAAAUUGUAGAUAUGAUUAUCUUUAUGUAACUAAAAAUAGUUAUACAAAAACAUCAGAAAUACCAUUUGAAACUGAUACAGAUAAAAGAGUAUGUGAUAUUUUAUCAAUGAAAAAAUUAACAAUGACACUUACUGAUGAUUCUGAAUUAAAUAUAUAUUUUGUUUCUGAUCGUAGUAGACAAGGAAGAGGAUUCCUUCUUGAAUAUCGAUUAUUAUGUGAUUCAAAAGAAUUUUUUGAAGCUGAUAAUGGUAAUUUUGUUGGAACACUUUUAUCACCAAAUUAUCCUGAUCCAUAUCCAUCUAAUAUUUCAUGUUCAUGGUCAAUUUCAACUGAUAGUUUUCGUAGAAUUGAAGUAAUACCAAAUGAAAUUGAUUUAAAAACAAAUGAUGAUGGUUCAUGUAAAAAUGAUAUACUUAAAAUUUCUGGUAAAAUACCAGAUAAUGGUACAAUGUUAGGAUUUUUAGAAUAUUCUAAAUUAUUACAAUAUGAAACAUGUAAAAAAUCAUUUACUAAUAUUACUUUUGUUCAUGGUAAAAUUCAAAUAAAUUUUAAAUCAGGUAUAGAAGAAAAUACAAAAAAAGGUUUUAGUUUAAAAAUAAGUGAAAUUGUUGAUCCAUGUAGUGAUAUGCAUUUAGUUAUUGAUGAAGAUAAUCCUACUAAAAUUUUAACUUCACCUAAAUGGCCAAAUUAUUCUCCUAAUUCUUUAAAUUGUGGUUGGAAAAUAAGUGCACCAAUAGGACAUAGAAUUAAAUUUAAUAUUGAUCCAGAAACAUUUAAUAUGGAAGAGUCAUCAGGUGGUGAAUGUGUUAAUGAUUACCUUCAAAUAUUUGAUGGUCCAUCUAAAAAAAAUAAAUUAAUUGGAAGAUAUUGUAAUAAUAAAGGUCCAGAAACAAUUUUUUCAACAUCAAAUUAUUUAUUUAUUCAUUAUAAGACAGAUUCAAUGAUACCAUCACAUGGAUUUAAUGCUACAUAUUCAAUUGCUGAUUGUGGUGGUACAAUAAAUUUAAAACCAAAUAUUAAAUUUUCUUUAUUUUCACCACGUUAUCCUAAUUAUGAUCAGGCAAAUCAUCAAUGUAUAUGGCAAAUUCGUGCACCCAAAAAUUAUCAAAUAUUAAUUGAUAUUAAAACAUUAUUAAUAUCACCAAAAAGUAAUUGUUCUAAUGGAUAUGUUAGUAUUAGAGAUUCAUAUAUUGAUAAUGAAAAUAGUUAUUAUAUAUUACCACCAACUUGUACAAAAAUGUAUUCUAAAAAACCAGCAUUAAAAUCUAAAUCUCAUGUUAUUUUUGUUGAUUAUAAUAUUACACAUGUGGCAUCUAAACCUAAUGCACUUCUAUGUUCAACUGGUGGUUGUGGUUUUUCUUUUAUAUUUUCACUUGUAAAAGAAAAUUGUGGUGGUAUUAUUGAUAAUUUUGUUGGUGAAAUAUAUUCACCAGGAUAUCCUAAUUCUAUUAUACCUGGUACAAAAUGUGAAUGGAAAUUUAAAGCUGGUUUAGAUUAUAGAUAUUAUAUAAUUUUAGAAUUUUUAAAAAAUAAAGAAUCAUUUAAUCUUCCAGUUGUUGGUUUUUCUAAUAAUAAUGAAAUUGAAGAAGAGGAAUGUUAUAAUGAUAUUAAAAUAUAUAAUGGUUUUCCACCAAAAGAUAAUUAUUAUAAUGGUCCUGAAACAAUGUUUUGUAAAGGUAGAACUAAUUUUGUUUCAACAGCAGAUUUAGUAACACUUAAAUUUGAAGAUCAAAUGAAAAGAAGUUUUGGUUUAGCUUCAAUUAUGGAAAAACAAAAUAUGACAUCAUUUUCAAGACAUCCAUUUGUAAUAAAAUAUAGUAAAGUACCUAAAGAAAAUUAUCCAUAUGGAUGUUUACAUACAAUAAAAAAUGAUACAUCACUUGUUAUUGGUCCAUUAGAUUUAAUUAGUAAUAAAGAUUAUCCCAGUGGAGCAAAUAGUUAUUGUCAUUUAAAUAUUAAAAGACCUGAAGGUUCAUAUACAACAAUGCUUAAAUUUUCAAAUUUUGCCGUUGGACCAUAUAGUAAUAGAUUUUGUGAUUUAAGAAAUAAUUAUAUUAAUUUAAAACCAACAUUAACUGCUAUAAUGAAAUGGGAAUAUAAUUUAUGUUCACAUUUUAAUAAAACAAGCACAAAUUUUAAUAUUGCUGUAGCAAUAGAUGAAUUUGAUAUAUUUGUUUAUAAUAGUCAUAGAUCAAAAUUAGGUUCAACAUUUCUUGGACAAGAAAAUACAAAAUUUAAUUUAUCUGUAAUAUUUUCAAAAUGUGGUGGUUUAGUUAAAAAUAUGAAAGGAUAUAUAACAUCACCAACAUAUAAUACAAUAGAUACAAAUGAUAAUAAUAAAAAUUUUGAAUCAUGUGUUUGGACAUUAAAAGCACCAGAAAAUCAUAUUGUUAAAAUAAAAAUUCUUAAUAUUACAUUACAAAGUGCCUCAAAUCAAGUUAGUGAUGCAUUUUUAAAUAUUUAUGAAGGUAAUACAGAAGAUAAUGCUGUAUUACAUCGUUUCAGUGAAAAAGAACAUACAUUAAUGAAAGAAUUUUAUAAUAUUAAAUCUAAUGGACAAAUUAUUAUUAUACAAUGGUUUAUUGGUAAUUAUAAUACAUUUAAAAAAGGAUUUAAAUUACAAUAUGAAUAUGUUAGAGAAGAUAAUGAAUGUGGUUAUCAUAUUUAUGGUAUGAAUGGUACUAUUACAUCACCUGGUGAUGAUGUAUAUCUAAAUAAUUUAAAUUGUUUAUGGGAUAUUAGUGUACCAAAAGGAUUUUUAACAAAAUUAACUUUUAAAAGAUUUGAUAUAGAAGAGUCUGAUGAUUGUAAUAAUGAUUCAUUAUUAAUUAGUGAAUAUGUAGAACAUUCUAUUGAACAUAGAUUAAGUGGUUCUGAAAUUGCACAAUAUAAACAUUAUACAUUUCAUAAAUUAUGUGGUAAUAAAAAAGUUCCUGUACCAAUUAUAUCAACAACAAAUGGUUUACGAUUAAAUUUUACAACAAAUGAUAAAUAUGCUGGUAAAGGUUUUGAAAUAUAUUGGGAAGCUGUAUGUGGUGGUACAAUAGAAGCAGAAUUUGGUGAAAUAACAUCACCAUAUUAUCCAUUAUAUUAUCCAAGUAAUAUUGAAUGUAAUUAUGUUAUAUCAAAUAGUAAAAUUCGUGGUUCUAAUGGUCAUAGUGGUGGUUUAAUACUUUCUGUAAAUGUUGUUGAUUUAAGUAAAGAACCUUCUGGUGAUAGAGAUUUAAAUAAUCCUCAUUUAUAUGAUGAUAAUAAUAAACAAAAUUUAAAAUGUAAAUCAGAUUCAUUAGAAAUAUUUGAUAUAAGUAGUGGUAAAACAUUAAGAAAAAUAUGUGGAUAUAAUUAUAUUGAAGAUAAAAGUAAAAUAUAUCAUUAUCAAGAUGUUGGUAUAAAAUUUAUAUCACAUCCAUCAAAAUAUGAAGAAGAUGAAAAAGGAAUGAAACAUUAUAAAGGAUUUUCUAUAAGUUUUAUUCAAAAUCAAUGUAAUAUUAAUGUUUCAUUGGAUGAUAAUAUUAUUGAACAAAAUGGAAAUUCAAUAUAUGAAUUAUUUAGUCCAAAUUAUCCAAAAGAAUAUUUUCCUAAUAUGAAUUGUUUAAUAAAUGUUACAACAUUACCAGGUUAUAUUAUAAAUGCACAUAUUGGAGAUUUUCAUGUUGAAGCAUCAGAAAAAUGUAAAUUUGAUUAUGUUGAAUUUUUUGAUGGUACAAUUAUGAAUAAUAAAACAAGUAUGGGAAAAUUAUGUGGACAACUUAAAAAUAGAAAAGUUAUCAAAUCAAGUAAUAAUUCAUUAUUAAUGAAAUUUAAAACAGAUUCAUCAAAACAUUUUAAAGGUUAUGAUAUAACAUUUACUCAAUCAUAUGGUACUGAUAAAAAUUGUGGUGGUAAAAUUGAUGUAACAAGUAAUCCUAAAACAAUAAAAGCACCUAUUUAUAAAAGUAAAACUAAUAAUAAUUUCUUUAUGGAUUGUGUUUGGGAAUUAGAAGCACCAAGAAAUAAAAUAAUUAAAAUUACUAUAAAUGAAUUAAAUUUAGAAAAAUUUAAAGAUAAAUAUUUAAAAGGACAAUGUAAAGAUUAUUUAACUAUUUAUGAUGGUAUAAUAGGUGAAUCAUCAACAAUUGUUAAAGAAAUUUGUGAUUUUAAAAAUUAUCCAGAUCAAUCAGAGAUUAUUAUGAAAACAACAAAUAGAAUAAUUAAUAUUGAAUUAUUAGCAUAUUAUAAAAAUUCAGGACAAAAAGAAAUGGAUAUUGAGGUUGUAGCAAUUGAUCCAGAAUGUGGUGGUGUUUUACCAACUGUUGAUACUAUGAGUAUUUUUGCCUAUAAAGAUAAACAACUUCCAACACGUGAUAAUCAAAAACAUGUACGUUGUAAAUGGUAUGUAUAUAGUGAAGAAAGAACACCAUUAGAAAUAAUGUUUACUGAUUUUAAUGUUCCAGCAAUAACAUUAGAUUGUUCUGAAGAAUAUUUAGAAAUAAGAGAUGUAGGUAGUCUUGUUGAAUGUCAACAUCCAGCAUGUGCUAAGAAUGAAGAUGAUAAAAAAGUUUUAAAAUAUUGUGGAACAAUUAAACCAUCACUUUUUAUAUCUUUAUCACCAGUAGUUCAAGUAACAUUAUCAACAUUUAGAACAAGUCAAUAUCAAGCAACUAUAGCAUUUAAAUAUAAAACUCUUGGUUCAUGUAAUAGAACAAUUACUAUUAGUGAAGAAGAACAUACAUUAAGUGGAAGAUUUACUUCACCAAAUUAUCCAAAUUUUUAUUCACAUAAUACAACAUGUAUAACAAAUUUUAUAUUAGAUGAAAAAUUAAAAACUUCUCAUAAAAUAUUUUUAGUAUUUGAUGAAGUUCAACUUGAACGUGGUUCAUCACAACUUCUUUUAACUUCUACUUUUUAUAAUCCACUUCAUAAUAAUUAUAAAACAAAAUUUCUUCAUGGAUUAAGUGGAUUAAAUUUACCAUAUCGUUCAAUGUCACAAUGUAGAUAUGAUUCAUUACAAAUUGAUGAUAAAAUAGGAAAUGAAACAAAAAUAUUUUGUGGUAAUGUUGUACCACCAUCACAUUUAUCUGGUGGUGAUAUUUUAUCAUUAAAUUUUACAUCUGAUGCUACAACAAAUGCUCGUGGUUAUUCUGGUACAUAUUUUAGUGUUAGAACUGUUAAAACUGAUACAUAUACUAUAUAUAAAUUUGAAAGUAAUUAUGAUUCUGAAGGUGUUAUAACAAAUGUUGGUUUUCCAUUUAUACAAAAUAAAACAACAAAAAGUGUAUGGUCUAUUAUUCCACCUAGAGGAAGUAAAUGUAGUAUAAAUUUAUUAUUCCUUAAACUUCCAAUUAAUCCAGAAGAUAAAAAUUGUAAAAAUGAAAUUAAUCAAUUAUUUUCAAUAAUACAUACUGAUUCAGAAGUUUUAAAUGAAAAUAGUACACUAUCAACAAAUGCUGCAAUGAUUAAUAUUCCAUGUACAUUUACAGAAACACAAAAAUUUGAUUUACAAGAAGGAAAAAAAUUUUAUAUACAUUAUGAGACAAAAGAAGUUUCAGAUAAAGUAAUAAAUAAUUAUGAAGGAUUCCGUCUAUCAUGGCAAUGUGGUAAAUCAAAUUUUGUUAGUAAAGGUUUUCAUGGUAUAAGAUCAAAAGAAUUUAAUUAUUAA